AUGGAUUUAACAACACUGAGUCCGUUCGUUGAUGAGCCAUCUUCUUCCGCAAUUUUGACCACUCCAUUUCCCACUGGGAUCACACAAAUUGUGAACGGUUCAAACGGUCAAAAUGCCUCGACGUCGAGUCUGCCCGAGGACAUGGUUAUGAGCGAGCUGCUCUUCUACGAAUGUGCCGGCAUCAGUGGAACAUUGUUGAACAUUUUGGUGCUUUUCAUCGCCAUUCGACACAUCGAUACAGAUGACAAACCGAGACAAAUCCUCAUCAUGAACAUGACUUUUGCUGACCUUGUCUUUUGCUUGGUUUACUGUGUGACACGGCCGAUGUUGCUGCAAUUCCCUGUUGAUUCGUGUCACAUCUACUACACGACGAUUUGGACGAUGCAAAUGUGUAGCUGUGUGUACCUUUUAUGGCUAAACGUCGACAAACUCCUUUACAUUCAAUUCCCGCUUCACUAUUAUUCGAUGGUGAGUCGGAAGAAAUUUCUUUUAUUGACGAUCGCUACAUGGAUUUGCCUCGUCGGUUACGCUGCAAUUAUGAAUCUGACAUACAGUAUUGGGAAUAGCUGCGUCGAGGUGAUGUUCAGCGACUACAAGAUGUACUUCGUUAUGUGUUUCUUCUAUUUGGUCGUCAUUGUUGCCUCGUUUGCCAUCUCGGUGGUCAUUUAUUGCAUCGCUCAGACGACAACGAGAAUGGAGCACCGAGCGAGAACUAAGCUUUUCCAACGCUUGUUCUUCUUGUUUUCUUCGACAAUGUGGACGUUCAUCACAUCGGUGCCUUUCAGGGCACUCUACUUGGUGAAUAUGUUUGUUGGUGGCUACAGCAACGUGACUCUGCGAACAUUGACAGACAUCUCAUUCAAAUUGUUGGUUGGAGGCAGUGUUCUCAAUCCGGUGAUCACCAUCGCCACACAGAGAAUCUAUCGUGUCCGCCUCAUCAAAUACUUGGGGCUUUUUAAAGAGGUUGUUUCGAAGAAAAGCACAUCAAUCUACGAGGAUUCGUCGAUGAUCGACAAGCGGCGACAAUCCUCGAAAACAACAAUCAUUCUCGAGAACACACCUCUAAAUCCGCCCUCAACUGCCCUA